UUGAAAUAUUCGCACCGUUCAUGGACAGUAAAAGCGAUAAAUACAAAGAAAUGGGGUUCAGAAAUAUUAAGCCUCAUUUAUCCUUAGAAAAUGGAAAAUUUUCGCAGAGCAAGAUACAGACUAGGGUUAGUCUUGCCUUUAUAUGGAUCUCAGCUUAUUGGGGCUCUUUUGUGUAUACUCCAGCCAGGAAUAAGGUUUAUACCAGCAUCCAUCCACCAUUUUUAUUUGCUGGGGCUUUAUAUCUACCAUACAGAUACUCAGCUCAGGUGAAUACCUUCUUAUUCGCUCUCUCAGGAAGCAAAAAUUUAUGGGUGAACAGAAUAGUCAGAGUUUGUGGCAAAGCUAGCAUUUACUCCCUAGCUGCGCUCUCAAGCUUGGUGAUCUCCCAUUACUUGCAUUAUCCAAGGAAACUUUACAAAGCAAGCUUUAUAGCUUCUUGGAACGUAAUCAAAAUCAAAAAGUUUAUUGAUGAGGAAGAGUAUGAUAGACCAGAGGUGUUUGACAUGAAUAGGAUUAAUUUUGUGACUUAGUUCCUCGGUCAAGUUUACAUUG